ACUAAAACUCUGCUUCUUCAAAAAAGGAUUUGGUUGGUAGACGCUUCUUUUUAGUUCUCUAUAUAUACCGCAAUACAUUACAUAAGAAGUUAGUUCUGCCAUAAUAAUCUCCUAAGUGUUGGUUGGGACGUGUGGGGAAGAAAAGGAAGAAGAGGCACAAAUUAACAUUGCUCUCUUUCUUCCACUUUCAUACAUUCCCCAGAAAAGUUCCCAAACACACACACACACACUCAUCAAAACAAAAUAAAAAAAUCACCCUCCAAAUUUUCAAGAAAUAAAUCUUGAAACUUGUUGAGAAUAGGGUCUUCGAUUCAAUUUAUCUUGAUGAGAUUUUUCUAGUCGGGUUAAAAAAACGAAGACUAGUAGUAUCGACAAGAGGGUACAUUCAAAUUCAAGAACCAAUCAUGUUGUCAUCAGCACAAUCAGAGAAGCAGGCUUUUUUCAUUGCCACACUUAUAACCUUUUGGUAUUCCUCAAACAUAGGAGUCCUUCUCCUUAACAAAUUAUUGUUAUCAAACUAUGGAUUUAAAUUUCCAAUUUUCCUAACAAUGUGUCACAUGACAGCUUGUGCUGUUCUUAGCUAUGUAUCCAUUGUUUUCCUCAAGAUUGCACCUUUUCAGAGGAUUAAAUCAAGAUCCCAAUUUUUCAGAAUUGCUACUCUCAGCAUUGUCUUUUGUGGGUCUGUUGUGGGUGGCAAUAUUUCUUUAAGGUAUCUGCCUGUUUCUUUUAACCAGGCUGUUGGUGCCACUACACCAUUUUUCACUGCAUUGUUUGCUUAUUUGAUGACUCGAAAGCAAGAAGCUUGGAUCACUUAUGGUUGCCUUGUUCCUGUUGUUACUGGAGUUAUAAUUGCAAGUGGGGGCGAGCCAAGCUUCCACCUUUAUGGAUUUCUAAUGUGCAUAGGUGCAACUGCUGCUAGAGCCUUUAAGUCUGUUCUUCAAGGGGUCCUUCUUUCUUCUGAAGGGGAAAAACUGAACUCAAUGAAUCUCCUGCUCUACAUGUCACCCAUUGCUGUUCUAGUCUUAUUGCCUGCUACACUCGUUAUGGAGCCCAACGUUAUAGAUGUCACUAUGACACUCGCGACUGAACAUAGGUUCCUUGGCCUACUUAUUUUGGUCAAUUCUGCAAUGGCAUAUGGUGCCAACUUGUUGAACUUUUUGGUGACUAAGCAUACCAGUGCUUUGACACUCCAGGUCCUAGGCAAUGCAAAAGGAGCAGUGGCUGUUGUUAUCUCCAUACUAAUAUUCCAAAAUCCAGUAACUUUUAUUGGAAUCGCGGGCUAUACAAUGACAGUGAUGGGAGUUGUUGCUUAUGGAGAAUCCAAAAGAAGGCACAAAUGAGAUUGAUAUCAGGCCUUUUUUUCUUGUUUCAUGAAGUACCAUUGCUUCUUUUUCUUCAAGGUUAGAUGUGGGAUAGAGUUAGGAUGAAAUAGAGAUUUCUCUUUGGCAAUUUUGCAGCCCAUAGACAGAGGAAAUAUUGGUAAUAAAGGGAACAGAGAGGAAAAUUGAGGUGCAUUCUUCUGUUGUAUUCUUUUGUUUUUAUCCAAAGGGUAUUCUACAGAUGUCUCUGAUUGUUAUGUUGUUACAUUAACUAAAGUAAUAAAAUGUCUCGUUGGUUUUCUGC